AUGUUUAACAAGAAGCGCACCAAGCGAGAUCGAAGCGAGGGCUGGACCAAGCGAAAGAAGUUCCGCACUUGCUCGCUUUUGGCACGCGCUGCCACCAGAAGCGGAAAGAAGAUCUUGAAGAGACGCAUGUGGCGCGGCAAGCACGAGCUGGCCCCUGGAGACUACUGCAACUACAAGAUGCGAAAGGUCAAGUCGCUGCGAUGA